UCCCCUCCAGUCUCCUGCCGAGCAUCGGACGCGUUGGGACAGCAGUCCCAGCUCCCCUCGUCUCUGCGCAGAGCCGCUCUCCUCCUGACAGCACAGUCGCACUGCAGCACAGCUGAGCGGAGUAGACGGAAAAUACUUUUCACAGGCGAGAAGUCCCACAUCCUGCCUCAGCUGAAAUGCUGCUGAAAAGAAGCCGACAUGUCCAAAUACUUCCACUUCUCAUUGCGGUCUGCCGCCUCACUCUGGCCUUCCCCACCCAAACCUCAUCAGCAUUCGAUGAUGUCCGUCAGCUCCAGGUGAAAAUCCCGCACUCGGGUCCUGUUUCCGCCCCGCUCGGCAGCUCCGUCUCCAUCCCAUGCUUGGUCUACCGGUCCUCUUCCUCCCCCGUUGCACCGCGGGUCAAGUGGACCGUGGUGUCCGAUGGUGUGGAGACACAAAUCCUGGUGGCGCGGGGUGAAAGAGUGAAGGUCAACGAGGCCUACCGAGACCGCGCCGCAUGGCUCAACUACACGUCCUCCCCCGAUGAUUUGUCGCUGUGGUUGGGGGACCUGCGCUCCAGUGACUCGGGCCACUACCGCUGUGAGGUGCAGCAGGGCCUAGAGGACGCCAGUGACCUCGUACAGCUCAAGGUCAAAGGUGUUGUAUUCCACUACAGGGAUGCGCUGGGUCGCUACGCGUUUUCCUUCCAUCGCGCGCAGAGUGCUUGUGAGGCCAUCGGGGCACAAAUUGCGACUCCUGACCAGCUGCUGGCGGCUUAUUACGAUGGCUACGAGCAGUGUGAUGCAGGCUGGCUGGCAGACCAGUCUGUCAGGUACCCAAUCCAAGUGCCCCGUGAAGGUUGUUAUGGAGACAUGGAUGGCCAACCAGGCGUCAGAAACUAUGGGACAAUGGAUCAAGAGGAUCUUUAUGAUGUUUACUGUUAUGUCGAGGAAACUGACGGAGAGGUCUUCCAUGACUCCGUUCCGCAGCAGUUGUCAUUCGAUGAAGCGCAGUCUUACUGCAGAGCAGCUGGAGCAGAGUUAGCUACAACAGCACAGCUUUACUUGGCGUGGAGUGAAGGUCUGGACCGUUGCAGUCCUGGCUGGCUGUCCGAUGGCAGCGUGCGCUACCCCAUCAUAGCUCCUAGAGAGCGCUGCGGAGGGCCUCAACCGGGCGUCAAAGCCCUCUACCGCUUCAGCAACCAAACUGGCUUCCCACAUCCAUCCAGUCUUCAUGACGUGUAUUGUUUCAGACAUAAUAGAAGUAGUCCCACCGACUUUCCCAUGGACAAUGGGUCCACAGGGCAGGAGGACAUUAGACAAGAUGUUGUUAUUCUCAUGGAAACCGAUCAAGAGCUGCAAAUAAACCAACAUGUAGAACAGGGGGAGCUCAAAGCUCAACAGGUGCUUGAAUCCUUUCCCCUUUUCUCCUCAAAGGAAAACCUGGUAGACAUGCACCCAACAGUUGUAUCAGACACAACAAGGUCCCUUAUAAACACCACACCUACCUUGGAACUCCUCCAUGCAAUGAAUGAAACGUCAUCUCCUACUGAAGAUAGCUCCCCACAUCAUACAGCCCUGAUGAACACCACUUACAGCACCACAGAGACCUACGAUUCACUAGAUAACGUGUCAUCACUGCCCAGUGUUUACAAUGAGACAGAUUCCCACUCCAACUUCACCUUUCACCAAUCUGAGCCUGAGGAUUUGCCCCAAAUGCAAGAGACCAACGUGGAUUUUAACCGAUCGCAAGCCGAUUAUCAGCCAGACGGUAAUCAUACUCAAGAGGUGAGUCUCUGGGAGGUGACCUCUAUGACCCUUGACCCCAAUGUUGAGGUGAAGCUGGAGGAGGAAACAGUAGAAAAUCCGGUGCAGGUGUUUCUCUCAACUCAGGCCUCAAAAGAAGAAGAACUUGUUACACAGCCACCACAAACGACUAAAUCUACCGUCACGGAGCUAACCUCAUUGUGGGCUCGUCUGGAUGGAUCUGGAGAUGUUUCUCAAGAACGUGACCUUGAGAUGGAGGCAGUCAGCUUAAUCCACGCAUCAGAUUCUUCUACUUCCGGCUUCACUGCUCCUGCAUCACCUUCUAGUUCAGCUGGCAGUGCUUCUAUUGAGCCUCGAACAGCAUUCUCUGAAUCGACCCUUCCCCCUGAUCCCACCACAGUGGGCUUGGAUAUCUUCUCCACGGCAUCACACUUGUGGGAGUCCCCCAUCUCUACACAGGAGGGAAGUUCAAGCUUAGAAAUUGAAGACACAGUUACUUUGGAAAGCAAAGAAAAACAGCCGCACCCUACAAUGUCUGAAGACAACCUCGUUUCUGCAGUAAGUUUAGUUACCACUGAGUCUCCAGAGGGGUCGAACGCCUCUCUGUUGCCUACUGAUUCCUUCAAAGCACGAUAUCAAACAUCAGGUUACAGAGUGUAUUUAGACAGUAAGACCACUGGGUAUGAAGAGGCAAGUGGACAUGAACUUGCUACAGUUACUGCGAUCCUUGGUGAAGACAUUACACUUGCUCCAACCAAUGAAGAGGACGUCAAUGCUACACUUGAAGAAGAAAUGAAAGUUUCCCCAACUCUUGAAGAGGAAAUCUAUUUGGCCCCUGCUUUUGCCCUUGAAGAAGAAGCUAAAUCCUCUCCAACCCCUGAAAAAGAAGCUGACAUUUCUGCAGGCCUUAUAAAAGAAGUUAACGUCUCCCAAACCCUUGAAGAAAACAACAACACUGUUCCAACUCUUGGAGAAGAAGCUAGUGUUGCCCCAACCCUCAAGGAAGGAGAGAGCUCUGCCCCAAACCUUGAAGAAGAACCUAGUUUUGCCCCAACCCUUGAAAAGGAAGCUUUUAUUGCCCCAACCCUCAAGGAAGGAGAGAGCUCUGCCCCAACCCUUGAUGUAGAAGCUAACGUUGCCCCAAACCUUGAAGAAGUACCUAGUUUUGCCCCAACCCUUGACGAGGAAACUUUUGUUGCCCCAACCCUCAAGGAAGGAGAGAGCUCUGCCCCAACCCUUGAAGUAGAAGCUAACGUUGCCCCAAACAUUGAAGAAGAACCUAGUUUUGCCCCAACCCUUGAAGAGAAAGCUUUUGUUUCCCCAACCCUCAAGGAAGGAGAGAGCUCUGCCCCAACCCUUAAAGUAGAAGCCUUUGUUGCCCCAACCCUUGAAGAGGACGCUUUUGUUGCCCCAACCCUUGAAGCAGAAGCUAAUGUUGCCCCAACCCUCAAGGAACAAGAGAGCUCUGCCCCAACCCUUAAAACAGAAGCUAAAGAAAACAACAACACUGUUCCAACUCAUGGAGACGAAGCUAGUGUUGCCUCAAUCCUUGAAGAAGAAGCUAAUGUUGCCCCAUCCCUCAAGGAAGAGGAGACCUCUACCCCAACCCUUGAAGAAGAAGCUAAUGUUGCCCCAUCCCUCAAGGAAGAGGAGACCUCUACCCCAACCCUUGAAGAAGAAGCUAAUGUUGCCCCAUCCCUCAAGGAAGAGGAGACCUCUACCCCAACCCUUGAAGAAGAAGCUAAGGUUGCCCCAUCCCUCAAGGACGAAGAAACCUCUGCCCCAACCCUUCAAGAAGAAGAGAGUGUUGCCCCAACCCUAAAAGAAAAAGACAGCUUUGCCCCAAAUCUUGAAGAAGAAUCUGACGUUGCCCUGAUCUUUGAGGAGGACUUUACUGUCUUUCCAAUUGAGUCCCAAACACCAAACUGGGCUCCGCUGACCACCACAACAGGGCCCCAAGAGUCUCUGAAUGAUCUGAAUGAAGAGUCCAGCAGAAUGAACUUCCCCAUCACCUCCACAGCAGCUCCAGAGUCCUCCUCGAGGACAAAGCCCCCUGCUGCUACCAGGAAGUCCACCACACACUGGUCCAGACACACUUGGAGCCCCACCACUUCAACAGCAAACAUGUUCCACAAGACGGCUGAGCCCUGGAAGGUGGCAACGUUCAUACCACUAGUGGAUCAAGGUCUGGUGGAUGUUGAGUUUAGUCUCACCCAGCCGCCCACCACUCUUAUUUUGCCCAAUGAGAGGGCAGCUGUAGGCGGUACAUGGAGAGCUUCAGAUGCCUGUGUGAUCGACCCCUGUCACAAUGGAGGCACCUGCACUGACCAGAACGGGCAGAUUCAGUGUCUCUGUUUGCCGUCAUAUGCAGGAGACUUCUGUCAGACCGACCUGGAGCGAUGUGAGCCCGGCUGGGACAAGUUCCACGGUUUCUGCUACCGACACUUCAGCAGGCGCCUGAGCUGGGAGGUGGCAGAGCAGCACUGCCGCAUGCUGGGAGCUCAUCUUGUGUCCAUCAUCACCCCUGAGGAGCAGAGUUACAUCAACAACAAUUACAAAGAAUACCAGUGGACCGGUUUGAAUGAUAAAACCAUCGAGGGUGAUUUCCGCUGGUCUGAUGGCAACGUGAUGCUGUAUGAGAACUGGUACAUAGGGCAGCCAGACAGCUAUUUCCUGUCUGGUGAAGACUGCGUGGUGAUGGUGUGGCACGAUGAAGGCCGAUGGAGUGAUGUUCCCUGCAACUACCACCUUGCUUAUACCUGCAAGAAAGGAACCUCCUCCUGCGGUCCACCACCCAGAGUCCGAAACGCCUCCAUCUUUGGAAAAGGCCGACAGAGAUACGAGACCAACGCAGUUGUGCGCUAUCACUGCGCCCAGGGUUUCCAGCAGAGACUAACUCCUCUGAUCAGGUGUCUGUCUGGAGGCAGGUGGGAGAGGCCCCAGGUUCUGUGCAUCCCUGAGGACGGUGGCCCAAACCAACACUCUGAAGUGACGUCAGAGACCAACGACAAUUCUGCAGCCGUCGAAGAUGAGUUCGAUCCCACUACUGAGACGCUCCAGUACUGGGAAAUCAAGUUUUAAAUGUCCAUGCAAUGCUUUCCUUACUGGUCUUUCCUCUUAAAUUCAUUUUUUUAACGUGACAAGGAGCGAGGAAUCAAAUGCUUUUACCAAUGAGCGCUUAAAAAGGGGACAAUAUGAACUGCAGACUCAUGUAGAUACAAACUGAAGCUUCCUCUCACAAAGAAGCCCGCGGCACCUUUUCUUUUGAUGGAGGUAAACAUUCCUACUUUUAGAAUAUUGUCUACUGUACCGUGGUUUAAUGUAAUGCUAUAGAGUUUGAAAUAGUUCAAAGUAUAAAGACAAAGUACAGUAAAUCUUCAAAUGACGGUCGGCUCCAAUUCUCCGGUUCACGUUGUUUGUUAUGGAAUCUUUUUACAAACAUGGUGCUAUGCUUCAUUAGGAACUUUAUUCUCCCAACAGAGAUGUUUCUCCUGCUUUCUCUGAGAAUCUAAUAUUUUCAAAGCACAAAGUUGAUUAUACAGUAUUCAAGUACUGUACAUACUGUGCAGUAAUCCCAGGUGUGAAAGUGAAUUUAUUCACUUUCACACCUGGGAUUACUGCUGUCCGCGUUCUCCUCAGACAAACCUUUUAUUUCCAGCAGACACAGUUUUGUUCAUCAGCUUUAUGUUGUAAUAAAGUUUUGUAGAACAGAGAAAAGAAUAAAUCCUUCUCAUAUUUUACCCAU